AUGGAAUGCAAUAAGCAAAGAAACCAUAAAGAACUGUUACUUGUGCAAGAGUAUCUUAAUAAUGAUGACUUUGUCAUUACUGAAGAAGUUAUGGAUAAUAAUCGAAUAAUUAAACUCAUUAAUAAUUCAGAUAUCAAUAGUAAUAAGACAGAUAAUCUAGUAGAAAAGGAGCCCAGAAUUACUUUUACUGAGGCUAAACAAAGCUUUAAUUUACUUCUCAAAUUUAUUCGUCAAAAUUUACUACAGCCUGAUGACUUUAUUAAAGAAAAUGAUGGAAGUAAUUUUCAUGAUUUCCUUUCACGAACCCAUAGAGCUUCUGUUAAAGUAAUGAAGCAAAGUGGUUCUUCAUAA